GGGUAAGCAGCCUCCGCCGGCAGCCCGCCAUUUUCUGCCGGGAAAGGCGGGAAGGGAGCGAGAGCAGCGACAGCUUCGCCGCGCGACCCCCCGUCCCCUCCCCAACGGCUCCAGCGCCGCCCCCAGCCGGGCACGCAGCCGACCUCGGCCUUUUCCCCCUCCUCGGCAGGCUCUGACCGUCCGGUAUGGCCCGUACCAAGCAGACGGCUCGGAAAUCCACCGGCGGGAAGGCGCCGCGGAAGCAGUUGGCCACCAAGGCGGCCAGGAAGAGCGCGCCUUCCACGGGGGGUGUGAAGAAACCCCAUCGCUACAGGCCCGGCACUGUGGCCCUCCGGGAGAUCCGUCGAUACCAGAAAUCCACGGAGCUGCUGAUCCGUAAGCUGCCCUUCCAGCGCCUGGUGCGGGAGAUCGCCCAAGACUUCAAAACUGACCUGCGCUUCCAGAGCGCGGCCAUCGGCGCCUUGCAGGAGGCCAGCGAAGCAUACCUGGUGGGGCUGUUUGAGGACACCAACCUCUGCGCCAUCCACGCCAAGAGGGUCACCAUCAUGCCCAAGGACAUCCAGCUGGCACGGCGCAUCCGGGGGGAGCGGGCUUAGGGCGCCCCGGGGGGGGUAGGAGAAGCUCGGGGUGGGGGUGGGGGGCAGUUUGGGUGGGUUUUGGGGAGGUUUCUCCUGCUCCUGGGACACGUCGCAAGAGCCGACUCCGUUCAGGCAAAGAAAAACCAAGUGACAACGUGCGACAUCCGAGGGGUUGAUGAGACUUUUUGGGUUUGUUUUUUCCCCCUUUUUGUACACUUUGUUUGUUUUUUUUUUCUUUUCUGAGUUGCAAAAAAAUCUAUAGAACUGGGGGGGAGUGGGGGGAGGGCGGGUGGGACAGUUUUUGAAAUCCCUGGUUUUCUACACAAACCUGGUGUAGUUUUGGGCGUGGAAAGAGGAAUUUUGGGGUUUUGGCAUCUCGAAGCUCCUGUGGGGGGAUGGCUCUGACUCCUGGGGGGUGUGUGUGUGGGGGGGUGGUCUCCCCCACCCCAUUUCCCCUUUGUGCUUUGUACUGUCUGCGUUUCUCCACCCCGGAAUAAACAAAACUCGUCAAUAAAA